ACUGUCACUUCAUUUGUGAGCGGUCGUAAUGUCCGUAUUUUGAAAACCAAUUUCCAAAGUAAAUUUAUUAAAGAAAAGUGUUUUCCAGCUUCCUAUUUAAUAUUUACAUCGGUUUGUGAAACUAUUAGAAAAAGCAUCAAGAACAACCUGCAGCUGGCGACUCUGAAGACCCUCUCCCUGGUGUCCAUCAGCGUCAUGUCCCCCCAGCAGAGCGUUCAGGAGCUGUUCCGCACUGCUGACUGUGUCUGCUUCGACGUUGACUCCACCGUCAUCAGGGAUGAAGGCAUCGAUGAACUGGCCAGGUUCUGCGGGAAAGGCGAAGAAGUUAAGAGACUGACAGCCGAGGCUAUGGGUGGCAGCAUGACGUUCCAGGAAGCUCUGAAGAAAAGAUUAGACAUCAUCAGGCCGAGCGUCAGCCAAAUCAGAGAGUUCAUCGACACGUUCCCUAACCAUCUCACACCUGGAGUAUCACAACUAGUGAAUACGCUUCAUGAGCGCGGCGUGCAGGUAUACCUCGUGUCCGGUGGCUUCAGAUGUCUCAUCGAGCCAGUGGCUGCCCAGCUGAAUAUACCUAAAGGAAACGUCUUCGCCAAUAGACUCAAAUUCUACUUCAAUGGAGAAUACGCAGGCUUCGAUGAGAACGAGCCUACCUCCCGAUCAGGCGGCAAAGGACUCGUGAUCAGAAGACUCAAGGAACAAUUCGGUUACCAGAGGGUCAUCAUGAUCGGAGAUGGCGCCACUGACGCCGAGGCCAGCCCGCCCGCCGACGGAUUCAUUGGUUUUGGCGGUAAUGUCUUAAGAGAGGAGGUCAGAAAGAGGGCGUCUUGGUACGUCACAGACUUCCAAGAGCUCAUCACCUCCCUCACGCUGCAAACAAAGUAACACUACAAAUAUAGGCUAAUUUGCGCAAUGAAAAUUGUACCUUAGUUCUUCGAACUAGAGGCCUUUUUAGAUUCAAGUUCUCACUAAGUAAUAUCGUACUGAACCAGUAUUAGGUAUUUAAAUUAUAGAAACGUAU